AUGGCCAGCCCGAAUCCGCCGUGGCUUCAAUCAGUAUUCGAUGACUGUACGGCGGCACCGAAGCUAUUCGCCUGGACGCCUGCCAACAUCAGCUCGCGAACCCAGGCCCUGUCUCAGACUCGAGCCUCCGGGAGCCAGGUUCCAACAGCUUCUGAGAAGACUCGUCGCAUCUUUGUCCUCGGAGUCGGCAACCUAGGCGUCCUCUUCGCCACGUCGCUGGCAAAACUUGCGCCGCGCCCGCCCAUCACCCUUGUCGUCCACAGAAAGGAGCUCCUCGAGCAGUGGGCAUCGGAUCCCAGCCUCAAAAUCUCCCGCAAUGGCGUGUCAGAGCGCAUGACCGGCUUUGACAUCGAGUGGUGGACUGACCAGAAACCGGACCACGGUGUGGUCAAACACGUCGCUGACGGCGGCGCCAUCCCGAACCUCGUCGUCACCACCAAAGCAUCCGCCGCGCUGCCCGAGGUUGACCGCCUCCGCCGCUACCUUGACGAAGACUCAGUUGUCGCAUUUGCACAGAAUGGCAUGUGCAAGCUCUGGCCCCCGCACGGGCGUGCGUAUACUUCUCACCGCUACGCGUCGCGCCCACCGCCGAGCUGGCUCGCCUGCGUGACAACGCACGGUGUUACCUCGAGGGGCCGCUACACGAGCGAGCAUGCCUCGGUGGCGGACCUCAAAAUCGGUUCCGUGCUGUCCGGCCCGCGAGGUGGCCCAUCGUCGACAUACCUCGCGGAGCAGCUGGCGCGAGCGCCCUUCCUCCACGGUCAACAGGUGAUGCGCGCAGAGCUGUGGACACUGCAGCUCGAGAAGCUCGUUGUCAACUGCAUCAUCAAUCCUCUGACCGCUCUUUUACGUUGCAAGAACGGCUAUCUCUUCGAAAAACCCGAAGGUCCCCUGAUGCGACUUAUCGACGUCCUACUAGCCGAGGCAAGCGCUGUCUUGCAACAGGUCAUCCAACAUCCUAGCAGCGAUGCUAUCUUGGAUGAUGCGCAAAAUACAACAUCGGUCAAUGAUCGUCAGAUGCUCCUGGAGCGCUUCAGCCAAACACAGCUUAAACAGAUGCUGCUGGUUGUGGGUCACAAGGUUCGUGACAACACUAGCUCCAUGUUACAGGACGUCCGUGCCGGCCGCCAGACGGAGAUCCAAGAUUUCAACGGUUGGCUCGUUGACAUGGCUGCUUUUCUUGAUCCAGGCUUGGACACAUCGAACCACGAACUGCUCAUAGAGCUAGUCGAGAACGGUGUCGACGUGGACGAAACGUCGAUCGAGAGUCACUUCCCAGUUCUAAGCGGUCAAGUAUAG